CUAACGUUAGCUAGCAGGCUGUCAAGCUGUCAAGCGGAGAGGCUGGGGCAGACGUUUCAGCUUCCCCCUGGCUUGGCCGCACAAAGCUCCGGCCCACAAAAUCACAAGAAAAUCCGUUAGAAUAUUUUGAGAUAAUGUAAUGCAUCACGGGCGCACGCAAAGAGGGAGCUCCGCACUUACACAAUUUAUAUGCACUGAGUCUUGAGUGACGACUGCUCAUUGCUAGCUUACUGGCUAGCUAGCUUAGCUAACCCGCCGCAAACCCCUCAGUUUCGUCGGUGCUCCCUUUCUGGUGUGAACCGCGGCCAGUCGGUCCUUGUCCCUGUCGCAGCUUCCGUCGCUGUCAACCGGCAUUUUGAUUAUUUGAUUAUUAGAGGAACACAAUGGGUGCAUUUCUGGACAAACCAAAGAUGGAAAAAUAUAAUUCCCAUGGUGAAGGUAACAACCUUAGGUAUGGGCUGAGCAGCAUGCAGGGCUGGCGGGUUGAGAUGGAAGAUGCACACACAGCAGUGAUUGGUCUGCCUCAUGGUCUCGACCCCUGGUCAUUCUUCGCUGUUUAUGACGGGCAUGCUGGCUCUCAGGUGGCCAAAUACUGCUGUGAGCACCUUCUGGAGCACAUCACCACCAACUCAGACUUCCAGAGUGCUCUGCAGGAAGAUCAGUCAGUGGAUAGCGUCAAGAAUGGAAUCCGCACAGGAUUCUUGCAGAUUGAUGAACAUAUGCGAACCAUCUCUGAGAAGAAGCAUGGUGUGGACCGCAGUGGCUCCACUGCAGUAGGCGUGAUGAUUUCUCCAAGCCAUAUCUACUUCAUCAACUGUGGCGACUCUCGGGGGCUCCUCAGUCGAGGUGGAGCUGUGCACUUCUUCACACAGGAUCACAAACCCAGCAACCCACUGGAGAAGGAAAGAAUCCAAAAUGCCGGUGGCUCAGUCAUGAUCCAGCGAGUUAAUGGGUCCCUAGCUGUGUCUCGGGCUCUGGGAGAUUUCGACUACAAGUGUGUGCAUGGAAAAGGCCCAACAGAGCAACUUGUUUCUCCAGAGCCUGAAGUUUAUGCAAUAGAGAGAUGCGAGGGGGAAGAUGAAUUCAUUAUUCUAGCUUGUGAUGGCAUCUGGGAUGUCAUGGCCAAUGAGGAACUGUGUGACUUUGUGAGGUCAAGGCUAGAGGUUACAGAUGAUCUUGAAAAAGUCAGCAAUGAAAUUGUUGACACCUGCUUGUACAAGGGAAGCCGAGACAAUAUGAGUGUUGUGUUAAUCUGCUUUCCUGGAGCCCCAAAGGUAUCUCCAGAAGCAGUGAAACGGGAGGCUGAGCUGGACAAAUAUCUGGAGGGAAGAGUAGAAGAAAUCAUCAAAAAGCAGGGAGAUGAAGGUGCCCCGGAUUUGGUCCAUGUUAUGCGGACGUUAGCAUCUGAGAGCAUCCCUAAUCUUCCUCCUGGAGGAGAACUGGCAAGCAAACGAAGUGUUAUUGAAGCGGUGUACAACAAACUCAACCCUUACCGAAGUGAUGACACAGACUCUGCAUCCACAGACGACAUGUGGUAACACAACCUCCUACCACUAACACAGCAUAGAGUUUACAAACCACCAUCCUCUCAAGACCCACAGCUGCUCAGCUCAGCAGUCUGUCUCUCCGUCACUCUGAGCUUUUGGUUUCUAAGAAGGGAAUUUCAUGGGAGGAGGAAGAGGAGGAGGAGGAGGAAGAGGAGUUGCAUGCACACAAACCUGGAAUAGUGCAGCACCAAUUCACUCUGGAGUUCAGGAUCCCCACCGUCUUGUCUCCCCUUUAUGUUCACCCACCUUAAUAUUCUCCUCUAAAGUAAUCCAUAACAAGUGAGUCCACAAGGUUUUCUUUCUUUUUGUUAAAUAAUCGGCUUAAGUAGUAAGAUUUUUUGCUGUAAUUAAUUUGAUUCACAUUUCCUUGUGUGUGUUUGUAUAUUUCUGUUUUUGUGAAGUGCAAUUGUCCUGUACAAACAGCCUGUAUUUAAUGCAGCUUGAUUUUAAGUUAAAAAAUGAAAGAAAUGGAAAAAGAGAACCUUUUAUGCACUAUCUGCCUUUUCCUGCUCUUCUGGAAUUCUAACAAAUGUCUAUUCAGUGAAUAUUACCGCUUGUCCUCCAGGCACAAUGUCUCUGCGCUUUUACUUUACUUUUUUUUUCAGUUAGUCUAUGCUCCUUUAAGAAACGGGUAAAUUGUAUAGUUGACAGCACAGUAAGCUCUCUAUAUCAAACCAUUAAAAUCCUAAUUAUUUUUUUCCCUGUGCUUUUUUUUUUUAAAAAUUGUGUUUUACUUUUGUAAGUGGUUUUCUGUACAUGCUCAAAUAAUACUGGCAAGGUGUUUGUCAAUCAUUUUGAAAGCAUGAAGUGGAAAAAUCAUCUCUUUUUUUUCAUUUCUGCAAGGUAUCUGAUGAUGAGUCCCAUGUUAGCAUGUUUGUCUGUGCAAAUAGAUGCUUGCAAGCGUGCGUGGGUGCUUGUGUGUAUGUAUGUGCGCACGUGCGUGAGUGGAAAGGCAGAUCUGUAUGUGCAACUCUAAUUUCAAUUUGAUGACGUGGUACAGACAACAAACCAGGCUGGAAUUGAAGGGAAUUGCUUUCCCCAUGCUUACCCAUUGUUGGCCCUUUUUUUUUUUUUUUUUUUUUUUGCAUAUCGCCCAACAGAGGCUUUUACUACUUUCUAAUUCCAAACCAAUUUGGAUAACAGUUUACAUGGUGUUACUCGUUUGAACAACUUGACACUAUAUUUCCAAACUUUACCAUAACCUGAGAUGACACAAGUAGUUCAAUUUACCAGAGGUGUACAAAGGUUUGCAGCCAGUCAGGCUUGCACAUCUAUCGUGUCAUAUUUAACUAUAAAUUUCUAAGAAUAUAUCGAUACCAGUGACCACUGUGGGUGCCAUAUAUUUUUUUGAUCUCAUUUUUCAGCUUUAUGACAGCCUAUGCCAAGUUUUUUUUUUUCCCUUUUUCAUGAGAUUCAGUUUUUGUAUGUGGUACAGAUAGAUUUUAGCAUUUAACAUCUGAUAAUUUGACUGAAGUGAACAGUUAAGCACUGAAUAUUUUAGACAGAAUCACAUAUUAACAGGCCAAAAGUAGAAAGAAACUGUAGGCUCAUAAACUUACAAAGGUCAUUUUUAUUAUUUGGACAUUUACACCAAGAACAAAUCCACUAACUGCAGUGAGUUGUCAUGGUUGUAUAGCACCUUUUUAUUCCCAUCAGGUUUGCUCUACUUAAAACCCCCACGGCUGCCACAGCACAAUACAGUUUGCUGCUAUAGUGUAUGAUCUGUGGGUUAACUUUUUUCUUAAUUUCCCCUCUGAAAAGAUAGCCACUGAUUAAACCUGUAUUUAACAUACGCAGUAGAUAUAUUUCUUGAAGAGAAAUGGUUUUAUUUCAGAUUUAUUUUCUGCCAUUUUUUUUGUCUUGCAUUGUUGGAAAUUUAUGUAUGUAUAUAUUUUUGACUUAAAUUUUCAAGGAAUAAAUCAUUUGGCUUGAGCUAGUUUUUGCCAUUGACAAAAUGUGAUUCUGGUUUGUCUUGAGAUGGUUAGCUACAGUUUUGUGUUGUGGUAAACAAAUGUUUCCCUCUAAUCACUUUGGUGUCCCUGUGAUCAACAAUGAAGAUUCGAACAGCUCCCUUUAUGUAACACAGAGAAAUUAUGUACUAGACUUAUAAUUCUUAAUCAACAUGACAAUCCUAACUGCUUCGCUGCAUUUAGAUUUGUGGUGAUGAGGUAGUUAUUAAAUCCUAAUCCCGAAUUAGCUGCUUUCUAAUAUGCUUUUAUGGCAGAAAUGCCAAAGACAGAGUCACAAUUUAAAGAGAAUCUAGCUGAAACCCUGCAAAAGACAAAUGUCAAGCUACUGGGAAUGAACUUUAAGAGUUUUUGUUUGUUUGUUCCCAUUAGUUGGCUUUUAAAGGUACUCUGUAGAGUUUUUGACCUCAGUGAUGUUGUCGAGAGAUGUUUUGACGAGCAGGUCUUUGCUCUCCAAGCACUCACAAACAAGGACGAACGUGCAAGACAAACGUAUGGGGGACAUGAAAUGUACGUCCGCUGACUGCAGGGGGCAGUAAUGUAUAUAUAUCAACAGGUGGUGUCAUGGUAACGUGGCAUAAAGACACAUUAAAACUCUACAGGACCAGAAAAUUAGAUUUAAACUGCUGAUUUCAAAACGGCACAAAAGAAGCCUCUGAAAAUGUUGUUUGUUCUGGAAAAGUUUGGUAGGCCUUACAGCAAAAUGCAUUUUGCUAAUAAAUGUUGAAUGUAACCUAAAUGUAUUUCCAGUGGAGACUCCAUGGGGUACCUUUAAACAGUCAUCUACGAAAAGACAUGUAACAUCAGCACCUUUUCGUUAAAGUGGUAGCUGACUCAAAACUGUGAACAUGUCAAACAGGGAAACAGAUUUUUGUGUUUGGCAUAAAAAUGUGGUUUCACAUGAAUAUUCCUUUCCAUAAAAAAAGCAAAUUGCACCAAAAACAAAAAGCUGAAUAGUAAUAAUGUGUUUUAUUUGCAUCUUUUUGGUUUAAAAUUACAUUAUUGUACUUCUACCACAAAACUUACCUUAAUGCUUGUAUACCCACUGUACUCACAUCAUGUAAAACGCUUAGUCAGUUUAUUUAGUGUGUUUGAGGGGGAAAAGGUGUAUUUGAAAAUGAUUUUUUAUUUAGCUUAACAGUUUAUAUUUAAUCUGUAAGCUAUUUAUUUCACUCUGCAUAGCUUCUGUUUGUUAAGUAAGUACACUAAAUGUCUCUUAUCUAACAUUCAUCAGCACCCAGCUGCUUGUUGCAAACCUGGUAGGUAUUAAUGACUCUGAAAUGAACAUUUCAUGUGUUUUUCCUUCAAGCUUAAUGAGGAACAAACUUAUUUCUUUGUGUGUUGAGGCAGUUGACAACCACAUGCCCCUGGGCUGUCCUGCAUUUUGCAAUUUAGAAUUCAUGAUGUGGCCCUUAGAUAAUCCUGGUUGAUCACUCAUUUCUACAAUAUACUCAUUCUACAGAAUAAGAAUUGUAGAAAUUAUUUUUUUAAUAUUAAGAAUUGCUGUUGUUGGAAUGUUGGCAGAUACUGACCGCGGCUUGAUUAUGAUUUGUCCCCAUGUGGGUGUUUUGUUUCAAUUUUGUAAAAAAAAAAAAAAAAUACCAAUAUUCCCCUUAAACUGAACAAAAAAUUAUCCCAAGUAUAUAUAUUUUUUGUUUUAACUUUUCAUUAACUGAAAUACCUCAUAACCUUUAUAGGAAGUGUUUUUGUCUUUUGUUAAGCAGUUCACUUUAAUGACAGAUGUUUUCUUGUGUUUCCUUCCUAGAACCUCCUAUUUUAACACUGAUCUAUUUGAAUGGGAUAUGGUUGUGCUCAUGUGCAGUGUCUGACUGAAUUGUGCUGAUGUUAACAAAUCGAGUAAUGAUUUAAGAAGCUACUGCAAAUGAUGACUUGCUUUAGGAGCUAGAAACACUAUUGGCCUUGUCCUACAAGCUGCCCGCCCUCAGCCCGCCCUAAACAAAUCCCCUUAAACGAUCACCUGUGUAAUUUCACCUGCUCGUCCACUCGUGUGAUGCUCACUUAGCUCAAAUCUAUAAUUGUAUUGAGAGUUCAGGGUUUUAGAAAUGUGAGAUGUGUGAGAUAAUAAGUGUGACUAAAUGACAAUAGUCAUAUGCACUGAUCGUCUCUAUAAUCAGCUUUGUUUUUCUUUUCUUUUUUUUCCUUCAGAAAAUUGUUAUUGUAGAAAAAAAAGAUUAUAAAGCUAUUUACAGAGUUACCUUUGGUUGCCUGGAAUCCAUCCUGUAUAUUCUUGUAUGGAGGACUACCUGGCAGAUGUUAAAGAGAUUUUAAAUGCUUGCGCCCUCUUGUACAUAUUGAUGUACCUCAGUUGUGGCGUUUACUGUGUGACCCUUAGCAGUGGUGGUUUAUUCGUCCCCUUACAGGGCGGCCUGAGCCUCACUUUGCUGACCUUUUUCAGCUCAUAAAUAAGCUCACCGAUUUGCCUUACCCAAUCUCAUCUUGCCCCCUAAAAUACUUGUUCCACAAAACACUAUGAGGCAAAUGCCGCUGACAUUACACUCUGACAGAUUCAAAAACCUUGUCCAUUUUAAGGUACUUUAGCUAUCAACAACGUGACUUUGUCCUGGUUGUCACAAGGUACAACUUUUCAAACAUCGCUGGUUUGUAUUCUGUUGUUGUUUUUUUUUCCAUGUUACCGUAUUGAAUCUCGGUCUUGAAAGCUUAUUUAAUUUCCACUGCAGAUGAUGUCAUACUUUUAACAAAUGCAAGUGUUUUAACAUGGUAACCUCGUAAGCAUUCAAAAUGUGCAUACAUACAUUCAUGUCUGCUCUAUUUAUGAUUACAUUCAAGAAUAGCUUUAGAGUGCUGUAGUUAAGUAUUGUCAAUGUUGAUUCAAAUGCUUCUCAGAGGCCUCUGUGAGUGAUUUUACAAAGUUCAAUAACUGUAUAUUUUGUAUUAUGUUCUAGCUCCAAAGGAAUGGCAGAAAAAAGACAUGUUUAAAAAAGCUUUGUUCCCUGAACUAAAUUGUACUAUUUGUGUUGUCGAUUGAACAAAUUGCAUUCCUUGCUUGUGAAUAGAUGCAUUUUUCUCCCUGCUCCUUAAAUUUUCUCCCCUUUCUUUCCCUCCUUUCUUUCAUUUUUUAGCCUUUGAAGUUUGAAUAAAAUUUCUAGUUUGCAGAAUGUAUUACUAAAUAAAUGGGUUGUCAUCUUGUA